UUUUCUUUGACCAAUUUUUCAAAAGUCUAUGGCCCUGUGUUCACUCUAUACUUGGGCAGAAAGCCUGCUGUGGUGUUACAUGGAUAUAAAGCUGUGAAAGAAGCCUUCAUUGAUCAUGGGGAGGAGUUUGCUGGAAGAGGAACCGUUCCAGUGACUGAUAAGUUUAUCAAAAGCUGUGGGGUUGUUUUCAGCAAUGGGAGGACCUGGAAAGAGAUGAGACGCUUCUCACUCAUGACUCUGCGAAAUUUUGGGAUGGGGAAGAGGAGCAUUGAGGACCGAAUUCAAGAGGAGGCUCGCUGUCUUGUGGACGAAUUGAGGAAAACCAAUGGUGUACCCUGUGAUCCCACCUUCAUCCUCGGCUGUGCUCCUUGCAACGUCAUCUGCUCCAUUGUUUUCCAGAAUCGUUUUGAUUAUAAAGAUCAGGAAUUCCUUACCUUCUUAGACAUGUUAAAUGAAAAUGUAGAGAUUCUGAGUUCCCCUUGGAUUCAGAUUUGCAAUAAUUUUCCUGCUAUCAUUGAUUAUCUACCAGGAAGUCACAGAAAAUUGCAUAAAAAUUUUGCCUUUGCAGAACAAUACUUUAUGGCAAAAGUAAAAGAGCAUCAAGAGUCACUGGAUAUUAACAAUCCUCGGGACUUUAUUGACUGUUUCCUGAUCAAAAUGGAGCAGGAAAAGCACAACCCAAAGACGGAGCUUACUUCUGAGAACUUGAUCUUCACAGCAUCUGAUCUGUUUGCUGCUGGGACUGAGACAACAAGCACAACCCUGAGGUACUCUCUGCUGCUCCUGCUCAAGCAUCCAGAAGUCAGAGCUAAAGUCCAGGAAGAAAUCGACUGUGUGAUUGGUAGACACAGGAGCCCCUGCAUGCAGGACAGGAAUAGCAUGCCCUACACUGAUGCUGUGUUGCAUGAGAUCCAGAGAUAUAUUGAUCUCCUUCCCACCAGCNUUCCCCAUGCAGUGACCCGUGACAUGAAAUUCAGAGAUUAUCUCAUUCCCAAGGGUACCACUGUCAUAGCAUCACUGACUUCUGUGCUAUAUGAUGAUAAAGAAUUCCCCAACCCAGAGAGGUUUGAUCCUAGUCACUUUCUGGAUGAGAGUGGCAAGUUUAAGAAAAGUGACUACUUUUUUCCUUUCUCAACAGGAAAACGGAUUUGUGUGGGAGAGGGNCUGGCUCGAGCAGAAUUAUUUUUAUUCUUGACCACCAUUUUACAGAACUUUAACUUGAAAUCUCCAGUUGAUCUGAAAGACCUUGAUACUACUCCAGUUGCCAAUGGAUUUGUUUCUGUGCCACCCAAGUUCCAGAUAUGCUUCAUUCCCAUCUAAAUGGAUUUCCCCACAAAGCCCUUUCCUUGAGGGUAUAGUUCCUCUUCUAUCAGGCAUGUCUCUCUGACCCUAUCACCAGAGAUCUGGGAUUCCAUAUACAUACCUGCACAAACUGAUUUAUGUCCUUCUUUAUUCAUAAGAGAAAAUACUAAUAAACUAAAAUAAUGUCCCAAGAUGUUUCUUCAACAUAAUACAUACAAAGAAAGCAUGACAUCUCUGGCCUUCUAUCUCUUAAAGAUACAAGAAAUACCUAUCUUCUAUUUGAGGCAAUUUUUAGGGUUACUUCAAAAACAAGUCUGCAAUUCCCUAUGCUGUGCAAUGAUUUAUUGAUUUCAGCACUGUUAGUUCUUAUCUGAUGAUGAAUUACUAAUAUAUUAUUAUUUCAAAACUAACAAAUGUGACAGUUUUAAAGCACUGCAUGUUUUAAAUAAAAGUAAUGUAAUUAUGG